CAAAAGUGACCCAUCGCGAACGGACAAACGACGGAUUGAAGUUAAGUCAGUGUGCAACCGGUACUCGGCGAUUAGGUUCUUUGGGUAAUGCCUUUGGCGAUCUUUGUUGUGUCUAGUACGGAAGUUUUUUAUGUGUUAACAGCCACCGACGAAAAAUAACAACAUCAGCAUUUCUACAGCAACCAAAACAGAUCGAGGUUGAUGUAUGAAAUAUGUGCCACUAGUACUAUCCAGCGAGAGAGUUAUUAUUGCUUCUUUCUUUCUGAUUCGCGGGUUCCUUUCUGAAAUCGAAAUCUUUCGAUUGAGUGGAGCCAAGCAAGAAGUGCAACAACGCACAGUUCAACGUGGUGGUGGUCAACAAGUCACGCGUAGUCAGUCACACGGAAGGUGAACGGUGGCGUAGUCUGCAAAACAAACAGCAAAAGUGAAUCCAAGAAGCAAACUCAAGCGCUUUCCCUUGUGCGGCGGGCAUAACCUUCUCUCCAUUUCACUCACGGUGCUGCGUUGCCCAUAGUGUACCCUAGUCUAGCGGGUUACAAAUAGAAAGAGGGAAAAGAUUAGUGUGGAAAAUAGUUUUAAUUUUUAGCACGCGCUGCUUGAUUCGUUCCUAGUGAUUGUGGUGUGGUGGUUUCAAACGAAGUCGCAAAGGAGUGUAUCUUGAAGUGCGAUUUACGUACACACGGCUGUAAACAAUGAUGACUCCAGUAGGCGGAAGUUCCGCGGACCAAAUGGAUGGCCCGAUAGCAGUCAUUUCUGCUGGGGUUGUUCCAUCGGCCGGAAUCCAGCAGCCGGCGCCUGCGACGACGGAGGUAGAUAAACGUCGUAUCAACCGGAUGUUUAGCUGGACUGCUGAUUCACCCGCGAUCACAGGCAGUGAGACGAGCGUAGCGACGAUAGACGAUGGAGGGACGAUGUGGGCCCGGCAGCAGCAUGCCGUUUCGGUGCGGCAUGCGUUCAAACAGUACGGCACCAAGAAGAAACCAAAUCAAGUUCUAUCCAACCUGAACAUGACAGUAGCCAAAGGAACAAUUUAUGGACUUUUAGGAGCAUCCGGUUGCGGCAAAACGACACUUCUAUCAUGUAUAGUCGGACGAAAGCGACUCAACUCAGGAGAAAUAUGGGUGCUCGGUGGCAAGCCAGGAACAAAAGGGUCCGGAGUACCGGGCAAACGAGUAGGAUACAUGCCACAAGAGAUAGCCUUAUACGGAGAAUUCUCCAUCCGGGAAACGAUGAUGUACUUUGGAUGGAUUUUCGGCAUGCAGACGUCAGAAAUUAAGGAAAGGCUACAAUUUUUGCUCAACUUCCUGGACUUGCCGUCUGAAUCGCGACUGGUGAAAAAUUUAAGUGGUGGCCAGCAACGACGAGUUUCGUUUGCCGUAGCUCUGAUGCACGAUCCGGAGCUGCUCAUCCUGGACGAGCCAACCGUCGGCGUCGAUCCAUUACUUAGGCAAAGUAUAUGGAAUCAUCUGGUGCACAUCACAAAGGCUGGUCAGAAAACGGUCAUCAUCACAACACAUUACAUCGAAGAGGCGCGACAAGCGCAUACGAUUGGUCUGAUGCGUUCUGGACGACUGCUAGCGGAAGAAUCACCUGCCUGCCUGCUUUCAAUGUACCGGUGCAGUAGUCUGGAGGAUGUCUUUCUUAAGUUGUCUCGCAAGCAAGGACAACAGAAUGCCGCCCCUGCUGAAUUAAAUAUAAGCAAUAACAUUUCGCUGUCUGCGCUGGCGUUCGGCAAAGCCAAGGAUAAUCCAGUCUACGUGAGUCAGGAGAGCGGUGUCGUAGGUUUAAAUUUCCAUCAAAGUAAAGAAGUACUCAUUACGGAUAGCAAUGGAUCGGCGUACGGUAUCAACGGCAUAAACGGGUCCGCUCCGGGAGCGAUCAGUCAGGCGGUGGAAUGUGACGAUUGCGGGGAGUGUUCGGAUUGUUUCAAUAUUACUACGAAGGGUAAGCUGCGUGCGCUUUUGUCCAAAAACUUUCUUCGGAUGUGGCGCAAUGUCGGCGUGAUGUUGUUCAUCUUCGCGUUACCAGUGAUGCAGGUCAUCCUGUUCUGUUUGGCAAUUGGACGAGAUCCGACCAAUCUUCGAAUGGCUAUAGUGAAUCAGGAAAUGAAUACCACCAACGGCGAUUGUAUGUUUGAUGCUGGCUGCAGCUUCACCAACCUGUCGUGCCGCUACAUGAGCCAUCUCAAUUCGACGAUAGUGAAAAAUUACUAUCCGGAUUUGGACUCGGCGCUAGGAGCGGUUCGAACCGGUGAUGCGUGGGGUGCUCUUUAUUUUACGGAUAACUUCACCGAUGCUUUGGUUGCGAGAAUUGCCUUGGGUCGCGAUGCCGAUGAUGAAACGCUGGAUCAAUCGGAAAUCCGUGUAUGGCUUGACAUGUCCAACCAACAGAUUGGUAUCAUGUUGAACAGAGAUCUGCAAGUGGCUUAUCGCGAGUUUGCUCAAGAGCUGCUUCGUGUUUGUGACAACAAUCCAAAGCUUGGAGAUGUUCCGAUCCAGUUCAAAGACCCCAUUUAUGGAACCAACGACCCCUCCUUCACGGAUUUCGUGGCACCUGGCGUUAUCUUAACGAUCGUAUUCUUCUUGGCCGUUGCCCUAACAUCGUCUGCACUGAUCAUUGAGAGAACUGAAGGUCUUCUGGAUCGUUCUUGGGUAGCUGGUGUUACGCCGUUCGAGAUUCUUUUCUCGCACGUUGUUACGCAGUUCGUAGUUAUGUGCGGACAAACAGCGCUGGUACUUGUCUUCAUGAUCGUCGUGUUCGGGGUAACCAACAACGGAGACAUUGUUUGGAUCGUGAUGCUGACCAUUCUGCAAGGCUUGUGUGGCAUGUGCUUCGGAUUCGUAAUUUCUGCCAUCUGUGAGCUGGAGAGAAACGCAAUUCAGUUGGCGUUAGGCUCAUUCUACCCAACGUUGCUGCUAUCUGGAGUCAUCUGGCCAAUCGAAGGCAUGCCUUUAGUGUUGCGUUACGUGUCCCUGUGUCUGCCAUUAACACUGGCCACAUCGUCCCUGCGAUCGAUUCUGACACGCGGUUGGAGCAUAUUAGAUGAGGAUGUAUAUUUGGGAUUCGCGUCCACCAUUGCCUGGAUUGUAAUCUUCUUGGUGGUAACGCUGCUUGUACUUAGAUUUAAGCGAGGCUAAGUUUAUAGUGUGAGGAUUUUAUACUUAGUGAUCAUUAAUUUAUAUGAGAGCGCAUGCAUACACGCAUACAAUCAUUGGAUCUGUGUGUUCGUUUUCCGUAAUUUAAUGCAUCGAUUUUCGCAUUUCAAGUGGUGGAAAUACGUGAAUCUCAUCGCUGUAAACCGUUCGGGCCGAACUUUGCUAAACAUCACUUUGGAAUCUAGUCCUCUAAUUAUGUACACCCUAGAACGGGAAUGUUUUUACCAAAAGAACAAACUAUCGGCUCGGUGUGUACAUCUUGACACCACAGACUACGAACCGUUUUCCAAAAGUAAUACAUCUUUCGCAUGGUUCGAUCCGCCUUUUUUAGAAAAUAAAACGAAGUGCAAUCAUUUUACAUUACGACGACAAAUUGAUAGUGCAAGUAAUGAAACGUUUGUUAGCGUUGCGUUACGGGUCAAGUUUCAGUUUAUGGUUGCAUCAUCAGUCAGCACUCUUUCCUGUUAUAUUAUUUGCACAUGGAAAUAAAAAACCUCUUUUUAAAGUCCUUCAUAUUUUCAACGGUUUUGUUAUAAAGCUUGGUAAUUACGUUUAACAUACUUUUGUGGAGAGGUAUAAUACAACAACUCUCUUGCUAUUGAUUAUGUUAUCAUAACAUGCAACUGAAUCUAAUUUGCUCAAUUUUGCUCGUUAGUUACUAUUGUUUAGCUAUCCAAAAAUUAAAUAAAAAUGCAUCGGAAAACAGAAUUUCUGAGCCACUUCUACAUGUCUUGUGUCAUAAAACAAAGCGGAAAAUGGUAAUAAGAUUCAUUUGAAGCUUGCUUAGUGGAAUGUUUUCUUAGGCUUAAAACACGGUUUAAAACUAUUUUAUUUAACUCCACUGCAUGAUUGUCAUCUCUACUGCAACGUUUAAAUUGACGCUUUAAGUCACUUUCAGUGCCUCGUUGAGUCAAAAUAAGCGGAGCUGACGAAUGACACACACGUUAAUGGAAUUAUUUGAAAUAGGUUCGAACGCGUGUUUUAGACUUGUGAAAAGUGAUGUCAUUGAAGUGUACUAACCCGCCAAUCAGCUAUCAAUAGUUUCCAUGCGAAGGAAAACAACAAUUAUUGAACUGUGAUUAUACAUUUUUCUUUUUUAUAUUGCUCUUAGAUUUUUUUAUACGCUAACUUUAAAAAGGAAAAUAGUAGGCGAAAGAACUUUUUAGGGAAAAAAUAAUUAUGUAAGGCCAAUCUGCAAAAAUGAAACCAUAGACUUAAUAAUGUAACACUUAUAAAUAGUCGAGUGUCCCGUCAUUUCAGGGAUUCUAGAAAUAAAAUAAACACACACAUUGCAGCAAAAAAACGAAACGGCAAUGAGUAUGCUUAACAUCUGGAGUAAAAUCUAAAACAUUUGUAAUCUAGUUCUUUAUUAUUUGUGAAGGGUUUAAAAUCAACAUAAACCAAGCGCUAGAAGGCAUCACUGCCAUUUCGCUCUAUCAAUUCUAUACCGUCCUUCCUUUCUCAGUUUGUGCGCUGUAUUUCUCGAAUAUUAGUUGAAAUGAAUCAAUGAGUGACGUGUGUAGAGUAUGUAAUUAUUUUGGGACCUUACCUUAAUGUUAACAGUGAAUUUUUCCUGGCUGGAAAAUCGAAAUAAAGGGGGAAUUGUAAAAAGAAUCUUGUAAGCAGGAGAGUAAAUAAAGUAAUCUUGAAUAAAACAACCAAAUGGG